CCAUCAGGCUGCAUUGAGCCUGCCUCUCCUUUCAUUUCUUCUCGUCACUCUCUCUUCAUGUUUUCUUUAUUACUUCUCCCUUUGUUGGCCGCCCCAUGUCUCGCAGCCUCUGCAUCAGACUGGCAAAAGCGCACAAUCUACCAAGUGAUGACCGAUAGGUUUGCUACAUCUGAUGGCUCAGGCCCAACGUGCAACACCGACGACAAAAAGUACUGCGGCGGUACUUGGAAGGGUAUAACGAACCACCUCGAUUACAUACAGAACAUGGGAUUCGACGCCAUUUGGAUCUCUCCAAUUGUCGCCAAUGUUCAGGGCACCACUGCGUACGGCGAAGCUUUCCAUGGCUAUUGGCCCGUGGAUAUCUUUGACAUAAAUAGCCACUACGGCACCGCCGAUGAUCUCAAGUCGCUCUCGUCUGCCCUCCACAAACGUAGCAUGUAUCUUAUGCUCGACGUCGUUGUGAACCAUCUUGUCAGCAACUCUAACCCACCCCAGUUCACGAACGACUUCAAGCCGUUCAACGCCCAGUCCGAUUUCCACCCGGAGUGCUUCAUAACCGAUUACAACAAUCAGACCAAUGUCGAGCAAUGCUGGCUGGGGGAUGAGAAACUGGUCCUCGCAGACGUUGAUACGGAAGACUCGACGAUUGUCACGACGUUGAAUGGUUGGAUCAAAGAUUUGGUCGGUAACUAUUCCGCGGACGGUAUUCGGAUCGACACCGUCAAACACGUUCGUAAGGACUUUUGGCCCGACUUCGCCUCCUCGGCAGGCGUGUUUACCAUCGGCGAGGUCCUGUCUAAUGAGACAUCCUACACCAAGGACUAUACCCAGGUCCUCGAUUCCGUCCUCGAUUACCCUACGUGGUAUCCCCUUGUCGCCGGUUUCCAGACGACAAACGGCGAUCUCACUAAGCUCGCGAACAGCGUCCAACUGACUCAGUCUGCAUACAAGAACGGCGCGUUCGGGUCCGGCUCUUUCCUUGAUAAUCACGACCAGCCUCGAUUCGCUGGCUUGGUUGCCAACGCGGACUCCGCGCUUAUCAAGAAUGCGAUGGCCUUCCCUUUCAUACAUGACGGUAUUCCGAUCGUGUAUCAAGGGCAGGAACAAGGCUAUACUGGCGGAGCGGAUCCUGCGAACCGCGAAGCGCUCUGGCUUUCUGGAUACGUAGAGGAUAAGGACUACGUCAACCAUAUCAAGGCCCUUAGCGCUGCCCGCAAAGCGGCGGCGUCUACCAACGAUAAGUUCUACUCCACCAAGAUGACCUUUCCGACAAACACGACUACAUCCCUCGCCAUUAGCAAGUCACCUAUGCUUGCCCUCCUCACCAACGUCGGCUCCAAAGCAGCCACGACGUCCUGGUCAGUUUCGGACACCGGAUAUGCAGGAAACACGGAACUCGUGGACGUGUUGAGCUGUGCCACAGUCACGACGGACAGCAGCGGCAAGGUCACGGCCAGCUCUCAAAAUGGCCAGCCCAUGGUGUUCAUUCCGAAGAGUGCGCUCAGCAAGAGCGCGGGCGUCUGCUCUAGUGUAGCCACUGGUGCCGCAUCUCUUGGCCGAGGCGUGUCAUACUCGCUCGUUGCUGGCAUUGCGCUUUCAUGGGCGUUUCUGUUCUAAUCCAUUCUCUUCGACGCUUCCAAAUUAGCAUCCAGACUAGAAGAAGUACUCCCAAAUCUUCCCCAUCUCCUGAUGAUCACACAACACACACAUCACUAGAGCAAAGCGAUAGAAUGCAUCACGGAGACAUUCCCAGGCUAGCAUACUUUCUACAUAUUUUUUCUUAAUCCUUCAUCGAUGUUGCGGAUAUUGACUCCUGGGAGCAUUAAUAUAACAUUCGGACACACUAUCUGCUACGAGUUAUACAUUCACGGACCCUUACACUCUCAUUCACGUAUAGAAUCGAGCUAUUCGUUUUGUCAGUUU